AUGCAGAAGGAAGAACUGGAAAGAAUGAAGGACGUGUUGCAUGAUUUUAUGGAUUACAUGGAAGAUCCAUACGGCACGGUGCAUGCCUUAGGGGCGAAUUGUUAUAAUACAGGUUGGAACGAUAUAGACCAGGACGACAUCUAUUACAAGGAGCAAACAGUAGCGGACGUAGUACGGUGCAGACUCCUGACACGAGCAUUGUGGUUUGCGAACGGUGACAACACACAACACAAGAACGCGAACGGGGGAAGUGCGCAUAUGAGUGCAGACGAGGAGAGACUGAGAUGCGACGUAGUUAACGCUUUUGGGUAUAUACUGCACCACAAGUAUUGUGCACAUAAGACAGCCUGGACAAGAGGCAUAAAGUAUGCCUGGAAAACAGUGAAAUCCAUGGGAGACCCUGGAGGAAUUAAGGGAGCAGACAGAGGUCCUGUAAUUGACGCAAGGUGCACAGAAUGUGGCUAUGACAUUAAGAACCCGGUAGUGAGAGUAGUAAACGGACACAUGGCACAGUUGUUAAUACAUGAGGGGAACCUAAUGCACAAAAUAGGACAAUUGGAGCGUACCGCGCACUGCGCUAUGCAGUGGAAGGACUAUAAGUCGGGUCCGGGGAGGACUGAUGGCAACGGAAACGUGGACUGGAAAAAUAUCCCUGAAGUAACAAAAACGGAAAAGGAGAUAGUACAAAAAACGCAGGCGGCAAUUCAGGAAGUGACAGCAAAAAUAGACGAAGAAAUUGAAAAAAAGAAAAGUGAACAAGAUAAAGGUAAAGAUACGAAUACGACUCCAGCGGAAGCCAAGAAGAAAAACGAGGACGGCAAGAAGUCAACGGACGCCAGUACUAAGGACCAAAGUACUGAGAAGGCGCAACUACCGGCGGCUCCAGUAUUACCAGCCAGACCAGCAGAGGAAACGCCGUCAUCACCAGGAGUAGGCAAAUCGGGAAAUGAGAACACCGUUAGCAAACCCGCCCCUAAGCAAAACGACAACGCACCAGCCAAACCAUUAGCGGCGAAACCGCAACAAUUAAUGAAGGAUGUUGCCGGAAUAUUCCAGGACUUAACACAGACGAUCAGCCAAGGUAGAGGCCUCAACGCUGGUAUUUGUGGAAGUAUAUAUACCGGAGCGCAGCCAAAUAUGUCCACAUGCAAGAGCAGGUGUAUGGACAUUGUGAACAUUAUGUUAUACAUAAAGGGAUACAGUUGCAGUACGGGCAAUUGCACAAAAAGACUGGUGCAUGACAGCAGCGGAGACAUGUUUAUGGAAUAUUUAAGAUGUACACUUGCGACUGAGGUUUUACUACAGGUGUAUGGGAAAACUACUGACCACCAGGACGUAAUAAAGAAGGUUCAGGCACAACUGCAGAAACCGGAUACACCAGGGCAAACGCAAUAUGAACCUGGGGUUUGUGAGGGGUGGGACUAUGGGGAAGUCAUAUUCGGAGUAGGAGGUAUUGGACCAGGCCUACAGCAGCGUCUGGACGAAUGGAAGGAGGGUUUGCCAGGAGGCACGGCGACCAGUACAUACGGCUCGGGGCAGACGUGUGCUUGGCCAGAGCACGACAGACGCCAGAAGAGUGAAGCACAAUGUACUGCAACAUCCGGCGCGACACCGACGAACUCUGAGCUCAUGACACGCAUAAAACACUGGGCGGAUAGUGCUUCCCUUGCGCUCCUACAGAAGGUGUUAGAAGACAUCCAACAAACAGGGUCAUCCAUGGAGAAAUGUGAUAUAGAGAAGAAGAUAAAGGCACAGGUCAAGAACGUGCAGGACAGAGUGAAUCCACAAGCUAAAACUCCGAAAGUCCAGAACGUUAAUCCCAGUGGGGCAGGCAACGCGAAGUCAGCACAACCGACACCUACUCGACCAGGAUCCUCGGGAGUAUCCUCCACACCGUCAGUCGAACCAGCCGCCGCCAAACCCGGUGGCAACAGCAAACCGGCCCCGGCCAAACCAGCAGCAGCCAAACCAGCACCACCACCCGUCGACGGAGGAAAGAAACCUGUCAAACCAGUAGCGCCGCAACCGGCAUCAACAGCGGUGGCAACGACGGAUGGGAAACCCACGACCACGGGACCGGGGGCAACGACGACGACAUCUGUUGGUGGUGGUGGUAAGACUGGUAAGGAUGGUCCCGGUGCCGCAGAGAAGGGGAAAACGACGACCAAAGAAGAGGAUUGUCCAUGGAAGAGCAUAUUGGAACACAAGCGACGGCCAGUGCACGUGAUUAGUCAUUACAGUAGUGAUGACAUGGAACAAAUGAAGACCGUAUUGCAGGAAUUUAUUGAUUAUAUGGAGAAGAACACGGACCAGAUGGAUGCAUACGGUGCCAACUGUGAUAAUUCUGGUUGGGAUGAUUUCGGCAACGGGAAAGACUAUUAUACGGGGCAAACGGUAGCAGACGUCGUACGGUGCAGACUUAUGAGUACUGCGCUAUUCUUUGCGAACACAGAGGUAAUGGAUGGGAGUAAUGGAAAGACAGAUAGAAUGACGCAACGGUUCCGGUGUGAGGUAGCGAAUGUAUUUGGAUACAUGCUGAAACAUCUUUACUGUAAAUAUAAUCGAGGAUGGAAGAGGGGUGUAGAAUAUGCCUGGAAAACAUUCCACAAAAUGGGCAAAGAGGAAGAAACUGGUGCAGUGACAAUCUCGGGUCCCGUUAUGGAUGGCAGAUGCACACAAUGUGGGUACAAAGGCAGUUGGAGGACACCCGGAAUAAUAGAUGGAUACAUAGCAGAAUGGUUAGUAGACCAAGGAAUAAUGGGAGAAAUAGCACACAUAGAGAAACAGAUGCCCUCUGAACAGGAGUGGCAGACGUAUACAGCCGGGAGGGAGAGCGAAGAUGGCAGCGGAAAAGUGGACGAAACGAAAAUCCCUGAAGUAAAAACCAUGGAGAAGCAGGUAGUAAAGGACACGAAGAAAGCAGUGGAAAAAGUGAAAAAGAAAAUAGAGGAAAAAAUUGUAAACCGCAUAGGUACUGGAACAGGUGGAGGUACGGGCAGUACUGGGGGAGCAGACGCUGCUACGACGAAAGCCCCAGGUAAGAACGUUGUAUCCGACAACAAGUCUACAUGUGGGACGCAGACACACACUGAGAAUAAGAAAGUAGGUGACCAUAAUGUAAGCGUCACAAUCAGCUUCGUAGAUUCCUCAUCCACUGGAUGCUCAGGAAGUGGUACCCCAGGUAGUGAGUCCGAUGAGAACAAAGAACGAGAGAACAAAAAAAAACACAAAAAAAAAAAAACAAACAACAAUUUCAGGACAGAGAACAAACAAAGGCAAUGA